GACACCCACAGCCCCUCCGUGGACACCGGGCAAAGUCAAGAAGAAGGGGCCUCCUUAGCACUGUUGCUAACACACAGAGAAGAGGGAGGAGUGGGAAGAGGCUUGUUGAGAAAAAUUAUCCAGGCACCUCAGUCUCGCCUGCUACUUCUCCACCCCGCCCUUCCAACCGGGGCUCAGACUGCCUGGGCGCGCUGGGGGCAUGCGCGCUAUGAAGGCUCUGCAGAAUGCGCUGAGCCUGCUGGCGGGCAAUGACUGCCGACGGGGAGGCUGGGGUCACCUGAGCUGGAGCCCCCUGCUUGGCGGAGGCGUCCGGCACCUGCUCAGUGAGGCCAAGGCGCAGGGCAGAGGGAUGCCCAACAGCCACCAGCCACAGCACCAGGAUCAUGAUUCUUCAGAGAGUGGCAUGCUGUCCCGCCUGGGUGAUUUGCUUUUCUACACCGUUGCUGAGGGACAGGAACAAAUCCCUAUCCACACGUUCACUACGGCACUGAAGGCCACCGGACUGCAGACAACAGCUCCCCGGCUCCGGGACCGUAUGAGUCAGAUGCGCCACAUGGUCCAAGAAUCCAGCAGUGGUGGCCUUGUAGAUCGAGAUCCCUUCCAAAACUGUGUGAGCAGCAACAUUUUACUCCUGACCCAGGCAUUCCGAAAGAAGUUUGCUAUUCCUGAUUUUGAGGAGUUCACAGGCCAUGUGGAUCGCAUCUUUGAGGGUGCCAAGGAGCUCACUGGAGGCACAGUGGCAGGCUGCAUCCGUCAGCUGGCCAAGUCCAACUCAGACCUGCGGGGUGUCUCCCUGUGCACUGUGGACGGUCAGUGGCACUCUGUGGGCCACACCAAGAUCCCCUUCUGCCUGCAGUCCUGUGUGAAGCCCCUCACCUGCGCCAUCCCCAUACGCACCCUGGGCACUGACUAUGUGUCCAAGUUUGUGGGCACAGAGCCCAGCAGCCUGCGCUAUCACAAGCUCUCCCUCGAUGAGGAAGGAACUCCCCAUAACCCCAUGGUCAAUGCUGGUGCCGUGGCCGUCAGCUCCUCGAUCAAGACGGACCGUAACAAAGCGGAGAAGUUUGAUUUUGUGUUGCAACAUCUGAACAGAAUGGUGGGGAACGAACACGUGGGUCUCGGCAAUGCCGCAUUCCAGUCAGAGAAGGAAGCCGGAGAUGGGAAUUGUGCCAUUGUCUGUUAUCUCGAGGAAGAGAAGCGCUCUCCUAAGGGGGUGGACAUGAUGGCUGCCCUUGAUCCCUACUUCCGGCUGUGCUCUGUGGAGGUCGCCCGUGAAUCAGGGAGCGUCAUGGCGGCCACCCUCGCCAAUGGCGGGACCUGCCCCGUCACAGGGGAGAGCGUGCUGGGCGCUGAGGCAGUAGGCAACACCCUAUGCCUCGUGCAUUCCUGUGGCAGGUACGACUCCUCUGGCCAGUCUGCCUUCCGUGUGGGCCUGCCAGCCACGUCAGCUGUGUCAGGAGCUAUACUUCUGGUGGUACCCAAUGUCGUGGGAAUGGUGUGGCUGUCACCCCCAUUGGACAAGCUGGGGAACAGCCAGAGGGGCAUUAACUUCUGCCAGAAGUUGGUGUCUCUCUUCAACUUCCACAACUAUGACAACCUGCGUAAGUUAGACCCGAGGCAUGGAGGGGGAGAAGUUCAGAAUAAGACUACUGUGGUGAACCUGUUAUUUGCUGUUUAUGGUGGAGAUGUCCCAGCUCUUCGAAGAUCUGCCUUGUCGGCCACAGAUAUGGAACAGAAAGACUGGGACUCCCGCACAGCUCUGCAUGUUGCUACAGCUGAAGGACACACUGAAGCUGUUAAAUUCCUGAUUGAGGCUUGCGAAGUGAAUCAUUUUGUCAAGGAGAGGUGGGGCAACAUUCCCCUGGAUGAUGCUGUGCAGUUCAACCACCUGGAGGUGGCCAAACUCCUUCAAGAUUACCGGGGCUCCUGCACACUCUCUGAGACUCAGGCUGAGGCAGCAGCUGAGGCCUUGGCCAAGAAGAACUCAGAGAGCAUGGUGUGAGCACUGGUUGUGGACAGUCCCUGCUUGAGAAAAAGCCUGAGGUGGCCACACACUUAACCUAUAGCCACCAAAAAUGCUAUGGAGAGCUACACUGCUUCAGUGGGGACCCAAGAAAGUCAUUUGGUGACUUAGGCCAUUGCUUUCUGUGAGAGUCAAAAUACCCUAUUCCCUCAGCAGACAGAGUCUGGAGAGAUGAGCCCCCACUUGGCCAAGACAUACUGCUGCUACUGCUAACAGCUAUUCUAUAGACAAAGUAUUCUGUGUUCAAUUAAACUUUAAUUACACAAAUAAAAAAAAAAGAAAAGAAAAGUUAUCCAGAACUUGGAAAUAAGGCAAAAGGCUGAUUGCAUUUCCCUUCCAUGUUAUAUUGGAGGACUGUCCAACAAGCUCACCUAAGGCUUCUUUCAUUUCCUGGGAGAAAUAUGUUGACUGACUUACUGUUUACUAUUAAUUAGGGGAAAGACUCCAAAAGUACAGAUUAAUUUGUAGAUUUUCACCUGGUAGAGGUACAAAUGAUUAUUUUUAUAUGGAGAAGACAACAACUCCAAAGGUUACUUUCCUUUUUCUUCUUUUUUUUUUUGAAGACAGUCUUACUCUGUC